AUGGCUUCAAGUACCGGGAAACCAUUCCCUCACGGGAUCCACGUUCCCAGUUUGACGUGGUUCCAGGACACUCCGGCACAGGAAAUCGACUGGGCGGUACAAAAAAAGCACUUUGAGUUCCUGGUCCGCUCCGGGCUGCACGGAAUCGUCAUCGCCGGCACCAACGGCGAAGCAGUAACGCUCUCGGCCCAGGAAAAGCGCCAACUGGUCCAGACCGCCAGGGAGACGGCCGCAGCCCUCGGCCGGCCCGAGCUGCCCAUCACGCUCGGCUGCGGCGGCCAGACCACGCAGCAGGUGAUGGCCGAGACGCAGCUGGCGGCCGAGGCGGGCGCCGACUACGCCCUGGUCCUGGUGCCCAGCUACUUCCACUUCGCCAUGACCGAGGCGGCCAUCCUGACCUUCUUCCGGGACCUGGCCGACGCCAGCCCCGUGCCCGUCAUCAUCUACAACUUCCCCGGCGUCGUGGCCGGCCUCGACGUCAACUCGGAGAUGCUGGCCGCGCUGGGCCAGCACCCCAACAUCAUCGGCGUCAAGCUGACGUGCGGCGGCAUCGCAAAGGUCGCCCGCGUGUCGGCCCAGUUCACCCCGGACCAGUUCUUCACCCUCGCCGGCCAGAGCGACUGGCUGGUCCCGGCCAUGGCCGUCGGCAGCGUCGGCAGCAUCACGGGCGUCGCGAACCUGUACCCGAGGUGCUGCGUUCGCAUCUUUGACCUGUUCAGGGACGGCAGGACAAAGGAGGCCGAGCUGGCCCAGCUGGAGCUCGCCAAGAUGGAGUGGGGCUUCGGCAAGGGCGGCAUCAACGGGACCAAGUUCAUCGUGGCAAAGCUCAGGGGCUACCCGCUCGAGAGCAGCCACUGCCGCAGGCCUUAUCCGCGGUACGAGAGCGAGGAGAAGAAGGCGUGGAUCGAGGAGGUGGUCAAGCCGCUGGAGGCGCUGGAGAAGGGGAUUAACGAGCAUUAUUAG